GCGGAUCAGGGCCUCUCAGUACAGGAGGACUUACGGACCGGGCGGCUUCUCAUCCUCAACCCGACCCACAUGUCCUGGCUGUUCUGCGCAAGGAACGGUCCCAUGAUGCAGAUGCCGCCAUCUUGCGACCGGGCAGCCCUCAAUGAAGUCACCGCUGGGGCCGGCCAUAACACGUUAUGAAAGAGCUGGAGGGAUUGGCGGGAAGUGGAGAGACCCGGAUGUUGGCAGGCGUGGCGCCAAAAGUCCCGUCAUACACCCGUCCCACGGCUAAGUUUCAAGUGGAGAUUGAAACAAAGAGAGAAAUGGCUUUUUCUUCUGACUUGGAUGAUUGUAAACAAGUCUAUGUUGGGAAUGUUGCAUAUGAUGUGAGAGAGAAUGACAUUUUGACUGUCUUCAAAGACUAUGAGCCAGUUCAUGUGAGGAUGAUGCAUCGUGAUCAGAGAUGCUAUGCAUUUGUUCAAUUGACGUCAGAGGAGAACGCCUCGCAAGCCAUCACCAAACUGAACGGGACCUCCCUCUAUGGCCGUAAUCUGAUCGUGAAGCCAUCUUCCAGGGAUUAUAAAAGAAAGCCAGGCGCCCUGCAGUUACAGGUAAAGGCUCCUGUACCAGCCUCUGACAGCACCAUGAGGCUCCCUGCUAAAGACGUGAAAGCUGAAGAUGGAACAUUCAAUGAAAAUUUCCCGUUUUAUGUAACUGAUGAUCUGAAGACAGUCCUACAGUCCGAGUCAAAUGACCAAGAGAUCCCCAGCAGCUCGUGCGGGCAUUAUUUUGCUGGAAAGCUGGAGCAUAAACUGUACGUGGACAACCUCUCAAGAGAUGUCACUAAGAAAGAUCUGUUAUUGCUGUUUGACAGCUACAAUCCCCUGAGUGUGUGGAGACCACAGAACAGUGAGAAAUGUAUUGCUGUUGUGGAUGUGACUUCCGACGAGGACGUAAUCCAGGCACUGACUCAUCUUAAUGGGACUAUGUUUAAAGGGUCCUGUCUGACUGUAGUGUCCAUGUUUAAUGAGCUGGAUGGAGUGACGCAAAGCAAAACAGAACCUGAGCUUCCCCCGAUGCCGGCCCUGGAGCUUGUGCCGCAGCCUGACCAUGGUGAUUGUGGAGAUGGACCAGCCGAUGGCAGAGCCCACAGAAACUCCUCCAUGAUUCCUGCAGAGAUGAGUGGAGCUUUCCUCGUCAGCAUGCUGAAGGACUGCUACAGUGACUUAAGCUGGCUGGAAGAACUUGUGAAUCUGAGCGGAGAACUGGCGUUACUAGUCACCCAUGUGUAUCCGGGUAUCGCCUACUUCUGGGGUGUGAUCAUGAAUAAGGAAACGUGCGUCACUUUGAUCGAUCUCUGCAACAGCUUGGUGCAGGUAGAAACGCAGCUGCCCUACCUGAACAAGGGAGAUGUUCAGAGAGGUAUGCGGUGCUUGGCACGGGUCACCUUCGCGGGAGAGGAAAGAACAUUGUGCAGGUGCUGGGUGAAUGACGUGGUUUCCGACAAUGCAGUCGUAUUCUUCGUGGAUUACGGCCUGACGGAAGUCUUACCCGUGGAGACCCUGAAGCCUCUGAAUGAUGCCCAGUAUUGGCACACCCCUCCCAUGGCUCGGCCCUUCCUCUUACUCCAAGGGCUAGCCACCUCUGACCUAUCAGGAAACAUUGUCAAAGGCCGAAUCUGCAGCAGGUGCUCCAGACAGUGGCACAUCCGUCCGUUCCGUGCAUUCACCCAGGAAGAUUAGUAGCUAUGUUCCUGAGCAAGACUCUCAUUCUGCGGAUCUAGAACACCCCCCAUUCCCCUGGUACGGUCAUUGAUGCUUUUCUGCAAGGACAUGUUUAUGUUGCAUUGGAAUAUUGCCUUCAUAUCUGUUUGUGUUGAUAUUUUCUGCCUUUCCCAUACGGAAUCUGUAGUAUGUUAUGUAUAAAGCCUCCAUAAGGAAGGAACCAUUAUGUUUGUGUCUGAUAACAUAAUAAAAUGAUUUGGAAAUGC